GGUUUAAAUACAGUUGAGCCAUUUUCAGAGGCAGGAAAGAGAAAUGAAGCCUUUUGAGAACAUUACGGUGCCCCAGGUUCCAAAAGCACGGGUGCUGUUAUGGGCAGACUUGAAACACAGUGAUAUGGAAGAGCUUGAGAAGAGUACUUUAACUCAAGACAUUGAAAGGAUUUUGUGCCAUGCGUUAGUGGCUGAUGAGUCUCAACCAAAACAGAGAGUACUGCUGGAGCUAUACACAAAUCUGGUGCGGUUCUGCAGGGAACAAAACUUCAACAGGGAACAAACGUCUGUUCUCAUCUCCAUUAUCAAAAACGUGCAUCAGUUUAACAUAGAAACAUCCCUCAAUAACACAGAUGACUGUUUGACCUACUGUAGUGAACUUCUGCUUUGCCAUUCAGUCAGGAGGCCUCCUUUCAGCAUCGACCUUUUCAACUCAGAGCAAGUGACUCAUAUUUUAUACUAUUUCAUCAACACCUAUAUGAGACACUAUUUUUUAUACAAGUACAUUUUUACUCCAGAGGUUCAGCUAGAUAUAUCUUUGUCAUAUACUGGAAUACCCGAAGACACUGAUAUAGAGCCAACUGCCAAGAGCCAAUCUGAAAGUCCUGCAGAUGAAGAAAGAGAAACUGAGAGGGAGACAGAAAUGGACGGAGAAGUUCAGCAAAGCUCUCAACUACCAGAACUGAAGCCCACAGAGAUAGAAAGUCUCAAACCAGGGUUUUCAUCAAAAUCUGACCUCAGGACUAUAGUUGAAAAAGAAGUGAGGGAUGAAGUGAUGCGACUGAGCGCUCAGCUGCAACAAGAGUUAAAAAACAGCGCGGAUCAGCUCAAUAAUGCCAUCAGUAAACUGGAGACCAACAUUCAAGUUAAGAAGUAA